CAGCUGUCAGGGGAGGUUUAAAAAGGCAAUAUAAGGAAAAGUGAAGGAGAACAGGGAAGAAGAGCGAGGAAGGAGUGUGGGCAGCAUCACUAGACCGGAAUGUCACUGUGCUCAGUAGCUCCUGAAAAACAAAACAUCAUUGGACACCAUGGGCCUCACUACACCGAUGUGAGGUAUUCUUUCUCUCUCAGAUGUGAGGUAUUCUUUCUGUAGGGUUGGUAAAAAGUAUCAGGGGUGUGGAGAAAGAUUUAAACAACACUGUACUCACACUGUACCACUCUGCCUAACACUGGGACCAUGAUUGCACAGAAGGCCACUCCCUGUGAGUAUGCUGGCAUACUGGGGGACAGCUCGGACUCUGACGAAGAGCCCAGUCCAGAGGAUCAGCUGGCUAUCUCUUGGGAGCACCUUCCUAUACUGGAGAGAUUGGGCCUCAGCAGUGGUACAGAGAUGACUGAAAAGGAGGUUGAGAAUGCGUUUAUCCAGCUUGCACUGGCGUUCCGUUGUGACCAGUACACCCUAACCCAGAGACUGCAGGCUGAGGAACACGACAGAACAGUGGCCCAGGAGAACCUCAUCCUUGAACUGGAGCAAACCAGAAACACACUGCAGCAUCUGAGAGGUAGAUGUGUAGACGCUGAGAUGCUGAGUCUUAUUGAGGCCAGGUUGGACACAGUGCUGGACGGCGUGAGUGACAUCAUCACUGCUGCUGAGAUGCUGGGGACCGUGCACCAGGAGGCGCGUGUGUGUCAUUCUGUGGAGAUGAUGGGUAUACACGUGGAGCAUCUGAAGCGUCGUCACGCUGUGGAGAGAUCCGAGCUGUUGGAGACCAGGAAGUGUUUCCACCGCAGCCGGGGCAGGAGACACAGCGACUCAGAGGAUGGAGACGUUAGGCACCUGUUUGCCAGGCGAGACUCCCAACAUACCCUCCUUCGGCGAAGAGUCAGUGUCACACUAAUCCCAACGGGAUCCCAGCUCAGCGACCUGGAGACCAAGUUCCAGGAGGGUUGCAGGGCCAGUGCUGCCACUGACAGCCAGGGGCCAGAAGGGGGCAGUGUGAACCAAGCCAGCAGGCCCUCUGAGAUGUCCCCCCACCACACCCCCCUCCUGCUCAGACAGAGCUCCACACAGAGCUCCCAGAGCCUGGAGGAAGAGAGCGAGGUAGCCCCUCACACCAGGUGGGUAGCCCCUCACACCAGGUGGGUAGCCCCUCACACCAGCUCGGUAGCCCCUCAUACCCCAUGUAGGUAGCCCCUCACACCAGGUAGGUAGCCCCUCAUACCCCAUGUAGGUAGCCCCUCACACCAGGUAGGUAGCCCCUAACUCAUCAACAGGUUCCCCAUUUAUGACUCAUUGACAUUUAAAUAAUGACCAACGGGUCACGUGCGACUGACGCAGGGCCGACCAUACUGUGUGUGUGUGUGUGUGUGUGUGUGUGUGUGUGUGUGUGUGUGUGUGUGUGUGUGUGUGUGUGUGUGUGUGUGUGUGUGUGUGUGUGUG